AUGGCCUGCGCGCGGCUCCUGAUUUCGCUCGUGUUGCUAGUCGCUCUCCGGCGCGCGGCCGGCUUCUGGCUCCUUAACGUCAUCUUCCCGCCGAACGCCAAGCCCCAGCACGUGCCCAGCAACAGCACCCCACCUCUGAUUUUGGUGCCAGGGAACUUGGGAAACCAGCUGGAGGCCAAGAUUGACAAACCCCACCUGGUGCACUGGAUGUGUUACAAGAAGACGGACCACUUCUUCACCAUUUGGAUUGACCUCAACAUGUUCAUGCCUGUUGGUGUCGAUUGCUGGAUUGACAACAUCAGGAUUGUGUAUAACCGAACAACACGCAAGACCUCCAAUUCUCCAGGGGUGGAGGUGAAGGUGCCAGGGUUUGGGCAGACAUUUCCAGUGGAGUUCCUGGACACCAACAAACUCACAGGGUAUUUUCACACUAUGGUACAGCACUUGGUGAACGCAGGGUAUGUUCGCAAUGAGACCAUCCGAGGAGCACCUUACGACUGGAGGAUUGCCCCCAAUGAGCAGGAGAAGUACUUCGGACGGCUUAAGGCCAUGGUGGAGGAUAUGUAUGAAGAGUACCAACAGCCGGUUCACCUGCUUGGGCACAGCAUGGGAUGUAACUACAUCCUGUACUUUCUGAACCGUCAGUCCCAGGCCUGGAAGGACCGCUACAUCCAGAGCUUCAUAGCGCUGGGUGCGCCCUGGGGAGGGGCAGUCAAAUGUCUCAGGGUGCUGGCAUCAGGUGAAAAUGACGGAAUCCCAUUCGUAUCCAACAUCAAGAUCCGCGAGGAACAACGGAUGACUACUACCAAUCCCUGGAUGAUCCCUUCAGAAAUGGCCUGGCCGGAGGACCAUGUCUUCAUCUCCACUCCGUCCUUCAACUACACUGUCCGAGACUACAAGCGCUUUUUCCACGACAUCAACUUUGAGGACGGGUGGUACAUGUGGAAAGACACCAAGGACCUAACCGCUGGCCUGCCCACCCCUGGUGUGAAGGUGUACUGCAUGUAUGGCGUGGGGCUUCCCACCCCAGUCACCUACGUGUACGACGAGCAGUUCCCGGACGCAGACCCAGUGGACAUCUUAUACGACGAUGGUGACGACACAGUGGACAGCCGUAGUAUGAGCCUCUGCAAACGCUGGGUAGGCCAACAGGAGCAACCAGUACACGUCAUAGAGUUUCAAGGCAUGCCCCACUUAGACAUCGUCUUUCACAACAAGGUGCUCACACUAAUCCAGAACAUUCUAGAGGGAAAACCGUGGCCAUCAGACCAGCCUCCCACCCCUGCUUCAGCACAAUUUGAUCAGCCUCCCAUCCCUAGCCCCACACAGCUGGACCAGACAUCAUCUCCAACGCCAAAUUCUGCAGAUAAGGAGAUGGGACUAUAAUUAUUAGCCAUCCGCUGUGACACUCAAACACAAUGCUGCUAGAAUGUACUUGUACAUCUGAAUGCAUUUUUUGUUGCUUCAUUGCAAAGUAACUGGACAGUAACCACAUCCCUUUGUCUAUCCAUGUUUUCUAAUUAUAUUAGCGAUGUUCAAAUUCCACAUAGGUGUUAUGAAUUGAUAUUUAGUAUUAAUAUAUUUACUUAUAUAAUGUAUGUAGUUAUCAGAAAGAGUUAUACUUAGAGUUUUCUAGGAAUUAGGAAAGUUUUUUUAAACAACUGGCAAAACCAUGUUUCUCUUUCUAUAUGGACAUUUGAUGUGUUGUUGACGUGAACUAAUUUGCAGCGGUUAUGAUUGGAGAAUUGAUUGCAUAAAUAUUUGAAUAGAUAAAAUAAUGUUAAUCAAUAAAACAUUUUUGUUGCUGUCUUU